UUGCCUUUGUUGGCAUCUGUGUAUGUCCUUGAGACCCUGAUGUCUGCAUUUCUUGGUAUUCCCAUUUUCAACAUGACCCAUGAAGGGAAAAGGGGGAAAUCUUGCAGGUAAAGAAGGUUUCUGUCUUUCAUCACUGAUCUUUUGCUUCUUUCUUCACCAAGGAAAUGAGGAUUCUAUGGAGCCAACUCUUGGGUGCAGUAAGGAAACCAUUAAUAUAGGAAGAAGGAAGAAAGAAUCUCAAGGUGAUGAUCUUGCCGAUUCCUGACUUCAUUUACAGAUAAGAAAGGGAAAAAAGUAGUGCCAACUAUCUGCAUUGCAAUUCAACAUCCAUAUCACUAUUGACAUGGAGGAGAAAGCAUUUAAAUGCCUGGAGUGUGGAAAGAGUUUUACUCGGAGGGAUCAUCUGCAGAAACAUGAAAGAACCCACACUGGGAAGAAGCCCUAUAAGUCUCUGGAGUGUGGACAGAGCAUCACUCAUCGUUCAUAUCUACAUAGACAUCAAACAACUCAUACUGGGGAGAAAGCCUAUAAAUGCCUGGAGUGUGGAAAGAGCUUCAGUGAGAAUGAAAGUCUACGUGUGCAUGAAAAAACUCAUACUGGAGAGAAACCCUAUGCAUGCCUGGAGUGUGGAAAGAGCUUCACUAACAAUGGAAAUCUACGUAAACAUCAAAGGACUCACACUGGGGAGAAACCUUUUAAAUGUUUGGAGUGUGGACUUAGCUUCUCUGAGAAUGGAAAUCUACGAGUGCAUGUAAGGACUCACACUGGGAAGAAACCCUAUAAAUGCCUGGAAUGUGGACAGAGCUUCAGUCAGAGUGGACAUCUACGCACACAUCAAAGGACUCACACUGGGGAGAAACCCUAUGCAUGCCUGGAGUGUGGAAAAAGCUUCAGUGUAAAUGGAAAUCUACGUAGACAUCAAAGAACACACACUGGGGAGAAACCCUAUAAAUGCCUGGAGUGUGGUCAGAGCUUCACUGCUAAAGGAAAUCUACAUACACAUCAGAGGACUCACACUGGGGAGAAACCCUAUAAAUGCCUAGAGUGUGGACAGAGCUUCACUCAGAAUUCAGGUCUACAUUCACAUCGAAAAACUCACACUGGGGAGAAACCAUUUAAAUGCCUGGAGUGUGGCCAGAGUUUUGCUUCGAGUUCUACUCUUGCAUCAAAGGAC